AUGGCUCUGGACAGCAAGCAGAAGGAGCUGCUGUUGGGAACACUGAGGGAGCUUGGGGAGGACGACUUUGAGGAAUUCAAGUACUACACUGAUCUUCCUAAAUGCGUACGUGAAAAGCCCAGCCGUGUGUACAUUGCUGAGGAGCUUGUGAUGAAGCACGAUGAGAAUACUCUGGAUGUGACCAUCAAGAUUCUGGAAAAGAUCAAUGAAAACAACUUGGCCGAAAAGUUGCGUCGCAACAUGCUGGAAAUAAAAGGCGCCGUCUUCUCCAUCCAUGAUGAUGAACAGAUUGACAGAUUGAAGGCAGACCUGCAAAAAAAGCUGCAUAGUUUAUACAGCUUUGUUCCUGAGGGUAACACAGAGCGCUGGCAGCAGCAGCCUCUGGCAAACGUCUACACGGAGCUGGUCAUCACCUAUGGGGCCGACAUCAGGCCCGACGAGCGACACGAGGUCCUUCAGAUGGAGACGCGUGCCGCGGCGGCCAAGAAGUCUAUUCUGCCAUGCGACAUCUUCAAAAGCCAUGACGGGCAGCCGCGACCGAUACGCACGCUGCUCACCGUCGGCUUUGCGGGAAUUGGGAAAACCUUCCUGGUUCAAAAGUUAGUGUGCGACUGGGCCAGCGGGAAUGAAAACCAGGACGUACACUUCAUAUUUCCCUUCACCUUCCGCGAGUUGAACACCGACGAAGGGAAAAACUUUACGCUGGCCAAGCUCAUCCGAUGCUACGUCUGUGAGAGCAGGCACAUGAGCGAGGAGACUCUGAACAUUAUAUUAGACGACCUGCACAAGUCCGGGAUACGGGACUACGAAAGCAGCCGGAUCAAGAUCUUGUUUGUCUUGGACGGACUGGACGAGUGCAAGUUCAAAAUGGACUUGAAGAAUGAGAUGAAAGUAGACAUAGACGUGACAGAGGCCUACCCGCUGGAGAUACUCCUGGCGCACCUCAUCAAGAGGAACCUUCUUCCGUGCGCCCGGGUUUGGAUCACAACGCGGCCCGCAACGGCCCGCGACAUCCCUUCCGACCUCAUCGACAGCAGAACAGAGGUGAGAGGAUUCAGUGAUUUCCAAAGGAUGGAGUACUUCAGGAAAAAAUUUCAAAAUGAGGAGCAAGUCAUUGAGCACAUCCGGAAAACUCGCACCAUCUUCAUCAUGUGCCACCUGCCCAUCUUCUGCUGGCUCACCGCCACAGUUCUUCAGGAUCAUUUGGACAAAGCGAAGGAGGGAGAUCUUCCCACAACGCUGACAGACAUGUGCUCAGAGUAUGCUUUUAACCAGCUGGACAAGUCCAAGGAGAGACAGACGACCGAGUACGCAGAUUACGUGAAAGCGCUAGCAAAGCUGGCGUUUGACCACACCAUGAGUAAGCAACAGAUCUUCUACGAGAAGGACCUGGCGGAUAGCGGCUUUGAUUACAGCCAAGCCGCAAAACACUCCGGAAUAUUCACCGAGGUGUUUAAGGAGGUCCGUCCGCUCAGAAGAAACCAACAGGGCAAGAUGUUUCAGUUUGUCCAUCUGACCAUCCAGGAGUAUCUAGCCGCAGUCCACGUGAUGAUUUGCCUCUUCCACGACAACAAAAACAUACUGGAUGAUUCAGAGCAUGCAUUGGAAUGGGAUUGGAAAAUCACUGAGGUUCACCGGUCAGCUCUCCAGAAAGCCUCGGAGAGUGAAGGAAACCUGGACAUGUUCCUCCGCUUCCUCUUUGGCCUUUCCUUGUCGUGCAACCAGGAACUAGUGGGGGAACUGCUAAAGGCUCCUCGGGACUGCGGGCAAAGCAAGUCAAAGACAGUUGAAUUGAUCAAGGAAAGGAUCAAACGGAACACUCCAGAAAAGAACGUCAACUUGUUCUACUGCUUAAACGAGCUGAAGGACGACUCCUUGCUGAAGCAGUUCCAGAAGAAAAGAGAUUCAGAAUAUAUUGACUGGGACAGCAUGCCAAAUGACAUGUGGUCAGCCUUGGCCUUCUUCUUACUGACGGAUGACAAAACCAUGAAGUCCUUUCACCUGGGGAAAUACACCCCAUCACCCUUGGGGCUCGAGAAGCUGUUGGUGGUGGUCAAGGCCUCUCAAAAGUCAGAGCUGCGGGAUUGUGAACUGGACAUACGCAGUUAUCACCUGCUGGCUUCCGUUCUCAGCUCUCCAUCCAACCUGAUGAAUCUGGACCUGUCCAGAAAUAAUCUGUCGGACGAGGGGAUCGAGAUCCUCUCGAAAGGACUGGCCAGCCCACACUGCAUCUUAAAAGUCCUCCGGCUGUUGGAGUGUAAGAUCACAAAGCGAGGAUGCAUUUCAUUGGCUGAGGCGCUUAUGUUAAACCCCUCCCAUCUUCAAGAGCUGCAACUGAACAACAACGAUCUGUCAGAUGAGGGGGUCGAGAUCCUCUCAAAAGAACUGGCCAGCCCACACUGCAUAUUACAAGUCCUAUGGCUCUCAAAUUGCAACAUCAAGAUGCAAGGAUGCAUUUCAUUGGCUGAGGCUCUCGAGUUAAACCCCUCCCAUCUUCAAGAGCUGCACCUGAGCUUCAACAGCGAUGUGUCGGAUGAGGGGGUUGAAAUCCUCUCACAAGGACUGUCCAGCCCAAACUGCAUCUUAAAAGUCCUAUGGCUGUUGGAAUGUAAGAUCACAAAGCGAGGAUGUAUUUCAUUAGCUGGGGUUCUAAAGUUAAACCCCUCCCAUCUUCAAGAACUUCACCUGAGCUGGAAUGAUCUGUCGGACGAGGGGGUCGAGAUCCUCUCAGAAGGACUGGGCAGCCCACACUGCAACUUAAAGGUCCUAGAUUCAUUGGCAGAGGCUCUCAACGUAAACCCCUCCCCUCUUCAAGAGCUGGACCUGAGCUUUAACAGUCUGUUAGACGUGGGGGUUGAGAUACUCUUGGAAGGACUGACGAGCCCACAUUGCAUCUUACAAGUCCUCAAUUCAUUGGCAGAGGCUCUCAAGGUAAACCCCUCCAAUCUUCAAGAGCUGCAACUGAACAACAACGAGCUCUCAGAUGAGGGAGUCGAGAUCCUCUCGAGAGGACUGGCCAGUUUUAACUGCAACUUAAAAUGCCUUGGUCUAGGAUCUUGUAACCUGGGUAAAGCCAGCUGUCACCCGCUGGCUUCCGUUCUCAGCUCUCCAUCCAACCUGAGGGAUCUGGACCUGUCCGAAAACGAUCUGUCAGACGAAGGGGUGGAGAUCCUCUCAAAAGGACUGGCCAGUCCAAACUGCAAAUUAGAGUCUCUCAAGCUGUCAGAGUGCGGGUUCACCAAUAAAGGAUGCCUUUUUUUGGCCGAGGCGCUCAAGUCAAACCCCUCCCAUCUUAAAAAGCUAUACCUGGGGGGCAAUCCAAUAGGUGAAGAAGGAAGGAGGGUCUUAUCGGACGUCCAAGAGGAUCCCAGCUAUCGCCUGAAGACUGUCAGGUGUAGCUGUAAACUUUCAAGUAAUUAUCCUUCCAAGAGAUUGUCUGUGUUGUCAGGGGAGCCCAGACAUCCAUGUCAGAGUGAGCCUGCCCAUGAAGACACAGACAUCUCCACCAAAGAUGUACUCAAAGAUGAUGAGCCUCCUUGCAAAAAGAAGAAAAUGUCAGCUCUGGACCAACUGUUUGGAGAAGACUUUCAAGCAGUGACGUGCGAACCCGACGACAACCUCCCCGAAUUCUGUGAGCGAGGCCGCUUUGCCCGUAGCGCCGACACCCGGUCCUCUUCCGAUCGUCGGAGAGUACAUGAGACCGAACUAAAUCUGAAGGAGACCUAA